CCAAGCAAAUCUGGUGCAUCUGGUAUUGGUAAAGAGCCGAGCACCAGAGAGCCGAGUGCUUUGGGAAACGCUUCCUCAGCUUUAGGAAAAGAACCGAGCUCAAGAGAGCCCAGCAAAUCUGGUGUCUCUGGUAUUGGAAAAGAGCCUUCGAGUCGGGAGCCUUCAAAGACUGCUGGAGGAGUUUCGGCGCCGGGAAGAGAGCCAAGCGCCAGAGAUCCAAGUGCUUUGGGAAACGCCCCUUCUGCUUUCGGAAAAGAGCCCUCGAGUCGUGAGCCUUCAAAGACUGCUGGUGGUGUUUCGGCGCCAGGAAGAGAGCCGAGCACCAGAGAGCCGAGUGCUUUAGGAAACGCUCCCUCAGCUUUAGGAAAAGAGCCGAGCUCAAGAGAACCCAGCAAAUCUGGCGCACCCUCGCUGGUUACCAAAGAACCCAGUGGACGAGAACCAAGCAAGUCUGGUGCAUCUGGUAUUGGAAAAGAGCCCUCGAGUCGUGAGCCUUCAAAGACUGCUGGUGGAGUUUCGGCGCCGGGAAGAGAGCCAAGCGCCCGAGAGCCGAGUGCUUUAGGAAACGCUCCCUCAGCAUUAGGAAAAGAACCAAGCUCAAGAGAACCCAGCAAAUCUGGCGCACCCUCGCUGGUUACCAAAGAACCCAGUGGAAGAGAACCAAGCAAGUCUGGUGCAUCUGGUAUUGGAAAAGAGCCCUCGAGUCGUGAGCCUUCAAAGACUGCUGGUGGAGUUUCGGCGCCGGGAAGAGAGCCAAGCGCCCGAGAGCCGAGUGCUUUAGGAAACGCUCCCUCAGCAUUAGGAAAAGAACCAAGCUCAAGAGAACCCAGCAAAUCUGGCGCACCCUCGCUGGUUACCAAAGAACCCAGUGGAAGAGAACCAAGCAAAUCUGGUGCUUCUGGAAUCGGAAAAGAGCCUUCGAGUCGUGAGCCUUCAAAGACUGCCGGUGGAGUUUCGGCACCAGGAAGAGAGCCAAGCGCCAGAGAGCCUAGUGCUUUAGGAAACGCCCCUUCAGGUUUAGGAAAAGAG